AUGUCGAAUACCGACUUCCUUGGCCGGGCCAUAGACGUGGUCAAGAAGGCAAUCGAAGCAGAUACAGCCGCCGAAUAUGACAAAGCCUACCAACUAUACUACCAGUCCCUCGAGUUGUUCAUGCUAGCGCUAAAGUGGGAGAAGAACGCCAAGUCAAAGGAGAUGAUAAGGGCCAAGGCAGGCGAAUACAUGGAGCGAGCAGAGAAGCUAAAGAAUCACCUUUCAGAAGCGGACGGCAAGCGGAAAAAACCAAGUAUGGUGGGCUCGAAUGGCAGUAGUACUGGUGGAGGGGGGAAAGGAGAGGAUGGAAAGGAGGGCGAAGAGGUAGAUGCUGAUAGCAAAAAACUACGGAAUGCUCUUGCAGGUGCGAUUUUGCAAGAUAAGCCGAAUGUCAGGUGGGAGGACGUUGCUGGGCUUGAGGGGGCCAAGGAAGCGCUGAAAGAAGCUGUUGUGCUGCCUAUCAAAUUCCCACAUCUUUUUACAGGCAAGAGACAACCCUGGAAGGGAAUUUUGCUCUAUGGGCCACCGGGUACGGGUAAAAGUUAUUUGGCCAAGGCAGUUGCUACGGAGGCAAACAGUACAUUCUUUAGUGUUAGCAGUUCGGAUUUGGUCAUAAAACAGCUAUUCGCCAUGGCGCGAGAGAACAAACCCUCCAUUAUCUUCAUCGACGAAAUAGACGCCCUGUGUGGACCUAGAGGAGAAGGAGAAUCCGAGGCCUCGCGACGUAUCAAGACGGAAAUGCUGGUGCAAAUGGACGGAGUAGGCCGAGACAGCAAAGGCGUGCUCGUUCUAGGCGCAACAAAUAUUCCAUGGCAACUAGACGCAGCCAUCCGUAGACGUUUUCAAAGACGCGUGCACAUCUCGUUACCCGAUAGUGCUGCACGACAGACUAUGUUCGAGCUUGCAGUGGGUACGACACCGUGUGAUUUGACCAAAGCGGAUUACAAGAAAUUGGGAGAUCUGAGUGAGGGAUACUCAGGCAGUGAUAUUAGUAUUGCUGUCCAAGAUGCGCUCAUGCAACCCGUGCGGUUAAUCCAGAUGGCUACGCAUUACAAGAAGGUUAUGGACGACGGCCAAGAAAAGCUCACACCGUGCUCACCCGGUGACGAUGGAGCAAUGGAAAUGUCCUGGACGGAAGUAGAUUCCGACAAACUCCUCGAGCCACCGUUGCAAAUAAAAGACUUCGUCAAAGCAGUAAAGAGCGCUCGGCCUACUGUAUCAGGUGAGGAUAUCAAGCGAAGCGAGGAGUGGACGAAGGAGUUUGGCAGUGAGGGCGUAUAG